UAUUUGAUGGUUUGGUGCGAUUUGUGGCCAUUUUUGUCUCAAAUUCAGUGACUGUGUGUUGAUUUUGAAGUCCAAUCAUAUGACCUCUGUUUGAGUGAUCACAUGACCACUGAGUGAACAACUCGUGACUACUGUACUGAACGCCAAAAUUGAAUUCAUGGACCGAUUGGUCGAUAAUAACAGUUCCCCCGAAGACACCGAUGAUACACAACAGAUCACAGCUGACGGUGACGACGAUCCCGGCAUCGACUCCAACGACGAGAACUCGCAGUCCAUGAGGAGUGAGGGCCGGUCCUCUCAACCGCAAAUCUUCGAGUCGGGCAACGGUUCCGUUCAGUACCAGUUCAAGACAGAGAACGGACAGACGGGCGCCGUCACCUACAGAGUGGUCACUGUUGACGACUCACACCCCACACAUACAGUGGUGACACCGACUAUAGUGAGUCCCACUCAACACAGUUCUGUCGCUCUCCUCACCGCACAUGCGAGCAAUCCUUUCGGUGCCUCUCAACCGAUUGCCACGAGUGGUGGUACUGACGGUCCCUACUAUGUGAUGAUGGCUCCCACUUCAGCGGACCUCAUAUCUCACUCAACGUCUAGCAUCAGAAGAGCCAAAAGCAACUCAGAGGGCUCUGGAGGCGUGCCUCGUGUGGCCAGGGAUGAGAAGAGGAGAGCCACUCAUAAUGAAGUGGAGCGCCGGAGAAGAGAUAAAAUCAAUAAUUGGAUAAUAAAGUUAUCAAAAGUAGUUCCCGACUGUCAACAGGACCACACCAAACAGGUAUGUCUUAAGGGCCAAUCAAAAGGCGGAAUUCUGGCCAAAGCCACAGAAUAUAUACAGGAGUUGUGCGCCGAAAACGGACGACUCAAUGAAUUGCGGCUCAACUCGAUCCGCAAGUUGUCGACCAUUGCGUUGGCCUUAGGAGUGGAGCGCACGCGCACUGAACUGAUCCCCUUCUUGACGGACACCAUCUAUGACGAGGACGAGGUGUUGCUGGCGUUGGCCGAGCAGUUGGGCGCCUUCACGCCACUCAUCGGCGGACAAGAGUUUGUUUACGUGUUGUUACCGCCGUUGGAGUCGUUGGCCACCGUCGAGGAGACUGUCGUCAGAGACAAAGCCGUCGACAGUCUCAGGAAUGUCUCCCAACAGCACUCACCGCAAGAUUUGGAGCAGUAUUUCGUUCCACUCGUCAAGAGAUUAGCCUCAGGUGAUUGGUUUACGUCGAGGACCAGCGCCUGCGGUCUCUUCAGUGUCUGUUAUCCGAGAGUUUCAAAUCAAGUGAAGUCAGACCUCCGAAAUUCAUUCCGGCAGUUAUGUCAAGACGACACCCCAAUGGUCAGGAGGGCAGCGGCAGCCAAGUUGGGAGAGUUCGCCAAAGUGUUAGAACAAGAAUACGUCAAAUCGGAAGUGAUAUCUUUGUGGUCACAACUGGCGUCUGAUGAACAGGACUCAGUCCGACUGCUGGCCGUCGAGGCGUGCGUUUCCAUCGCUUCCCUUCUGUCCAAUGAAGACAUAGAGCAACACGUGAUGCCAGUGUUGAGGUCGGCCGCGGAGGACAAGUCAUGGCGCGUGCGGUAUAUGGUUGCAGACAAGUUCACAGAACUCCAGAAGGCUGUGGGACCCGACAUCACUCGCAAUGAUUUGGUUCCUGCCUUUCAGAACCUCCUCAAAGACUGUGAGGCGGAAGUGAGAGCAGCGGCCGCACAGAAAGUGCGCGACUUUUGCCAAAACCUAACGCCCGCCGACUCUCAGGAACAGCUAAUUAUGACAAACGUCUUGCCCUGUGUGAAGGACUUGGUGUCGGACCCCAACCAACACGUGAAGUCUGCGCUCGCGUCGGUCAUAAUGGGUUUGUCCCCCAUUCUGGGCAAACACAACACAAUUGAACACUUGUUGCCAAUGUUUUUGUCACAAUUGAAGGACGAAUGUCCAGAAGUGAGACUUAAUAUAAUCUCAAACUUGGAUUGUGUUAACGAAGUGAUUGGAAUCCAACAAUUGAGUCAAUCAUUACUUCCGGCAAUCGUCGAGUUGGCCGAAGACACCAAAUGGCGCGUCCGCUUAGCUAUCAUUCAAUACAUGCCAUUACUGGCCGGACAGCUGGGCGUCGACUUCUUCGAUGAGAAGCUGAACACACUUUGCAUGACUUGGCUCGUAGACCAAGUGUUCGCCAUAAGAGAGGCCGCGACACAAAACCUUAAGAAAUUGGUGGAGAAGUUUGGCUCCGAUUGGGCCACAAAUACAGUGAUUCCAAAAGUACUGCAGAUGUCGAGGGAUCAGAACUAUUUGCAUCGAAUGACUUGUCUCUUCUCCAUCAACGUGUUGGCCAACGCUUGUGGCCCUGAGAUCACCACUAAGUUAAUGCUUCCAACAGUUAUCACUUUAGGGGCAGACAGUGUGGCUAAUGUUCGCUUCAAUGUGGCGAAGACUUUACAGAAAAUUGGACCAAUUCUUGACCAGAAUACACUUCAGACGCAAGUGAAGCCCUGUUUGGAUAAAUUACAAAAGGAUUCCGAUGUAGACGUCCGUUAUUUCGCUAAAGAAGGUAACCAUUAA